GCGACAAGGCUACGCUCCAAAGCCACAAUAACCCAACCAGAAUCUUUCUUCUUUCCUUCUCUUCAAAGUCUUUGGAAAAUAACCGCUCUGAAAGAAGGUAAAAAAAGAACUAUUGUUAUACAAUAUCAAUGGUUUGGUCCAAAGACCUCUUUGCGCGGCAAGAUAAUGGCGGCUCUGUGCCCGCUGGGUGCCUCGAUAAGUGCAGCGAUGCUUUGUUAAUUGCUCAAGCUCAAGGAUUGAAGAGUCAGCUAUGCGCUCCUAAUUCUGCCUUCAUUGAGGCCCUUGACUCUUGUAGCGCUUGCAUCAAGACGCAGGGCCCCAAUCCUAGGGGUGGCAUAUUGAGUAUCUCACCUUUGCUUCCAUUCCUUGAGUUCUGCCAUCUACUUUCGUAUUCAACGUUGAUGUAUACGUCAACCAAUGGCCAAAUAACGACAAUUGUGUAUCUUCUACCGACGAACAAUGCGGCAACUAACACUUCAUCAUCAUCAAGAACAAUUACAACAAGCAAGAAGACUUCAAGAGCUACAACACCUAGUAGAACUUCUACUUUGGCAAUUCCGACAUCUCUUGCUCCCCAGAAUGCGGCUUCGAGCCCAUCUGUUUCAGCUACACCACCAAGCCACGCCUGGAUAGCAGGUCCUGUUGUCGGCUCCAUCGUCGGACUCGCCAUCGUAUUUGGCGUUUCAUUCUAUUUGUGGCGGCGGCGGUAUAGACACUCCAAGCCUGAUAAUUUUGAUCCAGCUCAGUUGCAUUCCGAUUGUAUACCUAAGCCCGAGCUUGAUGCGCAAACAAACAUGAUUCAUGAAUUGGAUGCGCAGCCGGAACUACCAAGAGCUGAAAUGCCGGUAAAGUGAGGCUACUCUACUGCAGCAGAGUUGCAGACGGAAAAUGACGCAGAGUCGGUAGCUGCUGCUGUGUGGCGAUACUAAGCCUCUAAUGUCGCUAGUUCAGCUGUGUGUGAAACCAGCAGUAGAUCGAAUGCGAAAUCAAUAACUCGCAAACCGGUUCAAAAUCGAUAACUAGUAGCGCAUGCCGCUAAGUGAGAAUGUAUGAGCUAUUGAUUAAUUUAUAAUUGCAAAGAGAUCAUUAAAAGUAACGCAGCUUUUACUGAGUGUAAACAGUCAUAGAUAGACAGAUAGCCCACUGCAUUUCGAGAUUCUGGGACAUAGAAGAGCGAUGAAGACAAAGAGGCGAAUGAAUAAUAUUUUUAUUACUGCC